UCAAAACUAAAUUUAUCGAGUGUCAAUUUGAUCGGUUCCAGGUCAGUUUAUCCGAGCGAUCGAUUCGAUCAGAUGACAAUUGUAUCUGCAACUUUCUCUCGGUUAGUUCGUUAUGUCGAUAGAAACACGAAACAAGUUACUUAUUAACAACAUAUUCGAACAAGUUAAUUAGAGUUGAUUCGAGUUGAAUCUUCAUUAUCUUCCUCCCUUAACCUCUCCCUCUUGUUUAUGACCUUAAUUCAUCUUUCAACUAUUUCAGAUUCUCUUUAUUAAUGAUCAUUAAAACUUGAUUCUUUUCCGAAUUAACGUUCAACCAAACAACUGUUUCUUCGUUCGUGUUAAAUUGCUACAAUUUACUAUUUCUUUUUGUUUCUCUUUUCGUUAUUCAAAUGCAACUAAUUAACUAAACAAGUUAAUUAACAUUGGAAAAUUAUCAUCGAAUUCGUGAGAAAUAUUAAUCUAGUCUCUCUUUCGUCCAUUCGUUCAAAAGCAAAAUGUCCUCACCUUCGUUUGUUUCAACGAAAAGUAAAAGCUCCAAACGGUCAAAUUCAAACAUUUAUGGACUGAAAUGGUUCAUCUUUGCUCUGCUAACGACAACAGUUCUGGUCAUGGGCUCGCUAUUCUUGGACAUUGCUCUUUAUGCCACUUUACCUGGUGGUUUAUUGUGUUUCGUUUUAUUCUGCUGGUUAAUUAGUUCACCAAUCAAGCGAUUCAUUGUAUUUAUUUUCUGUAAAUCAGUUGAUCCAACCAACAAGUACAUUUUGAUAACUGGUUGUGACCAAGGAUUAGGCCAUGGAAUUGCCCUGAAAUUGAAUUCGUUGGGAUUCAAAGUAUUCGCCUCAUGUUAUAAUCCACUGAGUUCUGGUGCCAUCUCUCUGAAAGAAAGUGCGAAACAUUCAGAUAGAAUGAUAAUCUUUAAGUUAGAUGUUACUAACGAUCAGGAUAUAAGUGAAUCGAUUGAAUUGAUAAAUUCUCAUCUUAAGGAUUCACCGAACGAUGUAUUUUGGGCGCUCAUUAACAACGCUGGUUUGAGUCGAACAGGUAAAUUGGAAUGGGGGUCAUUCGAUCAUCAUUUUCGUUCUCUAUUUGAAGUUAAUACUUUCGGCGUUGUCAAGGUAACUCGAGCUUUCCUUCCACUAUUACGAUCUUCAUCUGGUCGAGUGAUUAUAAUGUCUUCUUUCGGGGGUCGAGUUACUUCAGCCUUCAUGACCGCUUAUGCCAUGUCCAAAGCGGCGAUCAUUUGUUUCGCUGAUGGUUUAAGGCUGGAAAUGAUGCCUUUCGGUGUUGCUGUUGUAUCGAUUGAACCUUCGUUCGCUCGAACUCCAAUGAUGGAUCCAGUUGUAUCUAAUCAACGAAUCGAUGAGAUGUGGAUCAAUACGGAGCCCGAAGUACAACAAGCCUAUGGAAAAGAGCAAGUUGACCAGGUCAAAGAGACGAUUGCGACUAUUCAUUCAGGUCCACUUGGUUUAGAUGAGACUUAUAAAGAUGUGAUCAGGUGUGUCACUCGAUCGGUGACCAGUCCAGCUCCUGAAUACGUUGAACAACCAGCAUCUUUCAUCCAAAAGCCGAUCAACUUAAUUGUCCAAACUAUACCUCGAGAAUGGGUUGAUGUUUAUCUACUAAUUGUUCACAAACUAUUAACUCUAAUUGGAUCAACUUCGAAAAGUGAAAAUCAAGUUUAGA